AAUGAUUUGGUUCCACUACAAAACCCUGACCUGCAAAACCAUGCAAAGCCCAAUCGUACCAUAACAUGUGUGAUACGAUGAGACAACACGAUUAUACGUCGUAUCAUCAUAUCAAGAUAUCGAUAUACAAUAAUACGAUCAACUUUUGCAUGUCGAAAUUUUGUAACCGGUCCACUCACUUAAAAAUGGCUUCUUAAGAAUUUUUACUUUACUUCACCAAAAAAAACGUAGUUAUUAAUCUACGGUCACAUGUCACAAAUGAUGUUUUCAAAUUUGAUCUUAACCAUAAAAGAGUUUUGAAAAGGAGUUGGGAUUUGGGACGCAACCGCCUAAGUUAAAAAUAAUAAUUAAAAGGUAAAUACAAUUUAAUAUCAAAACCUUUCAUUUUAAACAAUAUAAUAGUCAAACCUUUUCGAAAACAAUCUAAUAUCCAAAUCGUCAACUUUCAAUUCGUUUGACCGUUAGUUGACACUUCAAAAAAGUUCGAAGUACGACGCUUCAUCAAUAUCCGUCGAUAUCUUCUCUGAAAAACCACCAACAUAUCGUGGUUCCAAACCCGAGAAGUCCAUGACUCCACCAUGAUGCUAUAGAAUAUCUAAAUAUUCAGUCAUCUGCAAUGCCAAAACAAGAAAACAAAGUUGUAUUGUGACAAUUUCCCCUAAACAAAGCUUUUUUGAAGUGUCAACCAACGGUCAAACGGACGGAAAGUUGACAAUUUGGAUAUUAUAUUGUUUUCGAAAAAGUUUGGCUAUUAUAUUGUUUAAAAUGAAAGGUUUGGAUAUUAAAUUGUAUUUACCCUAAUUAAAAAGGCUAAAUUUUCCCAAACUAACCGACGCAGCAGCCGUGGAAAGUUAAAAAAAUAAUAAAAAUAUGGCAAAUACCGAAACUAACUGGGAGCCUUCAAGGCUUACGUGGACAGGCUUAUUUCUGAAAGCAUUUUAAUAUAUUAUGUUUUUAGUUAAAAAAGUUCUUCAUUAUGGUCCCCACUAUAAUUACCUUUUCAUUUUUGGUCAUUGACCGUUCAUUUUCUUUAAGUUUGUCCUAUGUGGCACUGAACUGUAAUUUUUUACCUUUAAAAUUAGGGAUGACAACAGGUCGGGGGCAGAUAGUGCAUAUCCGUUAUCAUGUCCAUAGUAGUUUAGGUUUUAUCCUCACUCAUACCCACUUAAGGAUCGGAUAGAAAAUCAAAACUAUGCCUAUUACUGUUCGGGUUCAGGUAUCCACGAGUAAUAAUUCAUCUUCAAAACUUCAACCAACAUGUUAACGUUUAUACUAUACUCACAUUGCAUAAGCGGAAAAGUAUGAUAGUAAUUCACUAGAAUGAAAAAAAAUUAAUCUCAACACUACAAAUUUCAUGGAAAUAUUAUAUUUUUAUGCUAAAUAUAAAAUAUAUUGAAAAAAAUAAUGGUCAUUCACUCAUUCCUAUGUAACUGCUUCAAGUUUGGAUGACCUAAACGAUUAUAGCAAAGAUCGGUUCUCGAUUGACCAGGGCAGUCUGCCUCCUUCCACCCAGCUGGGGUUGGGUCGGCGACCUAGCCCAAUCCAGCACCCGGAGGACCUGGGUUGGCCCACUUGCCUCUGUGGCCCGCUAGGCUUAUUUCCUCUUCUUCCCGUCCAUUGUCUGGGCCCAAAUGGCCCAACUCUCUUUCCGCUUCUCACCCGCGAACUCCUCGGUCGCGUGGUGGAUAUGGCCCUCCCCCACAACUCACGGACUCGUAUCCCGUCAGCUUUCCCUUUCCACGAGUUGCAACGAUCUCUUGGGACCAGAGAUGGCAAUGAGUCGGGUUGUGGCGGGUUUUGUCAAACCCAAACCCAAAUUCAUGGGUUUAUUCGUCAAAAAAAUUUGGGAUAAAUCCCGUUGGGUUUGAAUAACUCAAACCCAACCCAACCCGCUGGGUAUCCGCGGGUUCAUGGGUACCCGUGGGUUUUUGUGGUAAAAAAUUUACAAUAACAAGUUCCUUUCAAAAUAAAAGUUUAACAUCAAUUUUCUCAUACAAAUUAUUCAUACAAAAAGCACCAAUGUAGAGCAUACAAGCAAACCGCAAAUGAUCAAUACAAAUUGUUCAAAAUUAAAGAUAAACAUCUAUAAACAAUAAGAUUAAUUAAAAGUUUCUUCCUCGUCAACUAAAUUUCUUCACUCUCCACUUCAUAAUAUCAACUUCAUUCUAAACAAUUAUAAAGAACAAAUUAUACAUGUCUCCACAAACAUAAAGAAUAUUAGUUGUUUAAGAAAGAUAUAUUAUUUAGAAUAUUAAAUAUAUCGGGAAAGUAAUUAUAUGUGUGUGUGCGAGUAUCCAUGGGGCGGGUUUACCUAAACCCAAACCCGACCCAGUGAAUAUGUGUGUGGGCGAGUACCCGUGGGUUCGGGUUUUGUUGCCAUUCCUACUUGGGCCAUGGGUGUGGCUACCAAGACCGCCCCACCAUCCGGCCCGAUGGAACCCUUGGCUCUUAGGCGCGCGUAGCCCCUACGUCGACCAUGGUCUCCACCCCGCCGCGAUACGCAUGAAUGAGUGACUACCUCGAUGCACUCAUAUGAAUGAGUGCGUGCAACUCAAAAACUAGUAUUAAGGUGUCGGAUUUUGAGUGACUACUUCGGUGCACUCACAUGAAUGAGUGUAAUAUGAUGAUAUAACAUAUGAUAACAACUAAUUAGCGGAUUAUCCUAAGCCCUUGACCUCCAAUUUUGAGUUUUAUCCCUAACCCCCAAAUUGGAAACCCUAACUCUAAAUCUCUAAACUCUUAAUUAUUCAAUUUAAAGUAAAUAUUUAAUGGUUUUGUUGCAAAUUCAUGUGCGUUAUUGUUCAUCACAUCAUAAGUGAUGAUUGACAUCAUUUUGACAUAAAUCGCAUGUUUAAAAUGACAGUUAUGAAACGAGUGCACUGAAUGCAACCAAAAAAGUGAGUGCACCGUGUACGCCACUAUAUAUAUAUAUAUAUAUAUAUAGUGGCGUAUGCGGUGCACCCGCCUCAUAAUUAUCAUUCUGAGCAUGCGAUUCGUGUCAAAACGGUAUCAAUUGUUGUUUAUGAUAUUAUGAACAAUAAGCACAUGAAUUUGAAAAUAAAAUCAUUCAAAAUUUACUUUAAUUCGAAGGAUUUGGGAUUUAGGGUUAGGAUUUAGGUUUACAAUUUGGGAUUUUGGGUUGGGAAUCAAAAUUGAAGGUUAAGGGGUUAGGGUAAUAGAUUGAUUUGUUAUGAUUCUAUGUCAUAUCAUCAUAUUAGAUUGAGAGUACUAAUUAAAGUUCAAAAGUUGAUGUAUUAUAGACACUUUUAGAGUUGGAUGCACUUAACCCAAAAAAGUGAGGGCGCCGAAGUAGCCACCUAUAUAUAAUGUAAAGUUUGUGUUAUACUUAUACACUAGUUCGUUUAUAACAACAUUGCUUUGAAGUUUGAAGAUAACGACAAUGGCCGCGGUUUUGCUGACCCGAGUUGUCUUGAACUCUGUUAUUAUCCCGCCCGCGAAGGGAAACAAAGAGAACAAGAGGGGGAAAAUGUGGAGAAGCGGGAGCAUUUCCAUUAGCCUACCACUUUCAUGGCGCCCUCAGCUCCCGCCGCCGCCUGAAGUAAUGCUCCUCAACAGCAGCAAAUGCGUCAUCGAUUCCGCCAGCGGGAGCCAUCUUCACUUCCGCUCCAAAUCAGUAGUACUGCUCGUCCAAUGUACGCUCAACCCGGGAGCAGGAGCAGGAUCAGACGACGAUCUUUCUAUUUCCCAACAGCCCAACAGUGAGGUUGAGCUUGAGGAAGACAAAGGGAUCUGGAGCAAAUGGAAGGCGAAUUCCGCAGAAAUGAGCUCGAAGCUUGCCAAGCUCGGGCUAGCAGCUGUACUGGCGUACGGGCUGUUCGACGGAGUGACGUACACGACUUUCUUCGUGCUGGCGUUCCUCGGGUACGAGAAGAGCACAGGCAAGAACCCUGCCGCCAAUCUUCAGGCCCUCCUUGGGAUUGUGAUCUUGAUGUGGACGGGGAACAAUGUCACGAGGCCGUUCCGGGUCGCUGGAGCUGCGGCGCUGGCGCCACUGAUUGACAGAGGAUUGAAGAGGAUACAGAGCUACUUCAAGUUCCCCAGCCUUGUGUAUGCGUUUGCUCUUGUGGCCUCCAUCGUGGCCGCAGCCAGCGGGACAGUAGUCGGCUUGCUCAUCCUCUCCAGAUGGGGGAAAUGAAAUGAACCAAGGGAGAUUUCCUUUUCGAAAUGGAUGAAUAAUAGAUGCAACAAGUGUUUCGAUAUUUAUAAGAUAACGCCUCUGAACGAAUUAGUCCAUGUUUCUACAACAAUUUCUCCAGACUGCCAAAAACGGAGAGUGACAUAACAAAGCUCAACAUGAAAG